CUGCGAAGGAAGCUCCGGGCAGGCAAGUGUGGAGCCACCCUCGACUUCACCAAGCAGCUGGGCCACUUCUUCGUGGAUCACCCAGAAGAUGCAUUUGGUUCCCUGGGGCAGCUGCUGCACCAGAAUUUCUACCUGGGGAACUCCAAGCUGAGGAGACAGGCCCAAGACAGUACCAUCCAGAUGACAGCCCUGAAAAAAAAAGACCGUUGGGAGGCCAGGCGUGCCUGCCCCCGCCUGCAUCUCAUCCCCCGCCUCCGCUGGUUCACCCACCUCUGCCGUGACUGGCUCUCCGAGGUGCCACUGGGGCUGCUGGCAGACUGCGUGCAUGAGGAGCUGCUGCUGCAGUGGGCCAGCCUGCUCUUUGAUGACAGCCCUACAGGGGGGGCGCUGGCCUGGCUGCCCCCAGAAAACAUGGGGACACAUGUGGGCCGCCUGGUGUUCCCUGGAGGGCAGGGCCUGAACCACCUCUAUUUCCAGGAUGUGGUGCUGGAGGAGGUGCCCCGUGCCCGAGGUUCCCCAGCACAGUUUGAGCUCAACGGACGCAUCCGGCAAGUGGCUGCUGCCCAGGUGGAUGGGGAAGAUUUUAUUGGUGUGCGCUCAGACUAUCACUGUGGUCUUUGGAAGGUGCCAGGCAGGACAGGGGCAGCCCCCAGCCCGCUGCAAGUUAUCCGCACCAGUGUUCCUGUCUCUUGCCUCACUGUCAGCCCUCACCUCCCCGGGGAGCUGGCUGUCUGCACCCAAAGCGGAGCUGUCUACCUCUGGAGCGUCGAGACAGGGCUGCAGCGGCUCCGCCAUGACCCCGAGACCAUGUUUUUCCGGGACCAUUCACCCUGGCGCUGGAGUGACUUCACCGCCCACCCACGGUUGCUGAGCUGUGCCGAUCGCACUGGUAUGCAGUGCCUGGACACCCGGGCCCCCGAGAGAUGCCACUUUGACUUGUUCAAGGUGGGCGAGGAAGCCAGCUGCCAGCAGGGCGAGCGGGUGAUGCUGCCCAUGUACCUGGGCAGGGCUCACCCCUCUCAGCACCUCAUCACAACCCAGUUCUCUGUAUAUGUGCUGGAUGAGCGGUUGCCGAUGGUGCCUGUGCUGAAGUGGGCGCAUAUGAUGAAGGCGCCCCCGCUCUUUGCUCAUCUGACGCCAGGGG